AUGAAAACGCAAUUAUUCUGUAUAACAAUCUUUUUCUAUGCAGUUUCAAUUGAAGGUGAGACUGAUUUAUGCACAUUUAAUUCGACCAUUAGUGAACUUCCAACUACAUGGUUCUAUUCAACAGUGGACCAAGUGAAACUUUGUUUUGAAAAUAUACCGGUUAAUAAUGUAAUAAUGAAUGAAACAAUGAAACAGUUAUUCAAUUCAUUAGACUUUUAUAGUUUUCUAAGUAUAGUCCGACAAAGUAAUCAUCCCUAUUUUACAAAUGUUAAUCUUCGAGAAGAACUAUUGAAUAUUGUUGAUCAAACAAAUAGAAAUAUGUACAAAAACGAUUAUGAAUUUCAUAUGAAUAUUGUGAAUUGUUUUAAAAAGUUGAAAGACUUUCAUACGAAAUACUUUGCGCCAAAUGGAUAUGCAAAAUUUGAAUUAUUAUUACCAUUUAUUUUAGAAUUUCAACCGUUAACAAAACAAAUAAAAGUAAAAUUAGGAAUUAAUUUGUAUUCUUCUAUUAUUGGAAAUAAUUUAAAUCUGAACUAUACAGAUAGAAUAAUAACAAAGAUUGACGGUAUGAAUGCAUUAGAAUAUAUGAAACAAUUUGCUGAAAACUAUUCAUUUAUGAGUAAAGACAAAAGUGUUCGAUUAAAUUCUGUCUUUAGAGAAGAAUUCUGGUUACGAAAUCUUGCACAGUAUCCACUACCCAUAAAAAAUAAUAUUACAUUUACAUUUCUGGAUAGUAUCCAAGACAAGAAUGAAUCAACAAUAACAUUUUCUUAUCUGAUACUAAUUACAAAAAAAUUCGAUAAUCAGCGUAGUUUAGAAGAUGAUAAUCAUUUACUAUCAUCUUCAUUUUUAGAGACAAGACUUGUUUUCAAUUACAUAAUCAAUUUAGAAAAAUUACAUUGGUAUCAACAUCAGAAAGACAGCAACUUUGAUUUUGUAAUGGGCGGUAAUGAUACUUAUUAUUAUAUACAUAAACCAACACAAACUGUAAUUAUUCGACUAGGAUCAUUUAAUGAAGAAACAUUUGAAGAUGUUAAAAUGAUAUUUUCGACAGCUAUUGGAAAAACAUUAAUAAUAGAUUUAGUUGGAAACCACGGUGGUGAAAGCUGUUUGGCUUAUAGUUUGUUAAAUUAUUUAGUUCCUGAGUAUUCUUCUCUUCGUCUAUUGUAUGAACCCAUCGAUGCUCGAACAACGACACCUUUAUUUUUCUUUUCGAGUAUAUUUAGUUUAUAUGCAAAUUCAAUAUUGGAUAUUCGAACUGGUUUAUCAUUUACGAAUAUGGAUUGGAUUAAACCAUACGUUAAUUAUACAAGAGGAGGUUCUACAGAUGAAUAUUCGAUGAAAUGGUCU